AUGUGGCCGCCCGAGAGGGUGACUGGUGACAGGCCCUGCGAGAGCAGAAGAGGAAGCAGCUCAUCCUUUCCCAGGACACAGCUUGGUCUGCAAAGCAUGCUUGGCGAGACUGCGUUCGGGAAAGCAUCUAGCAGCUCCGCUUCGUCGCAGCAAGCCGCAUGUUCCGCUGGACAGAGGUCAGCGACCUCGGCCCAUGGACGUCUUAGCCUCGCCAGUGCUGCCUGCUUGGGGAUCUGGGCGACCCGAGCCACCCGGGCCGCGCCAAAGCUGCGCGGCCAGUACCUUGGGAGCUCCCGGCGGCGGCUGGUCCGGGUGAUGCGGUGGUCCCAGGCAACUAGCAGUACGGAUGCAUUCAUGGAGCACCUUGCCUCUCUGGACAAGCAGCAGCUUCCCGAGGUGGAGGUGGAGCUCGCGACGGCUUUGGUGGACGGCGACGAGGAGCUCGUAGGGCGCACCAUCCAGUUCCUGCUCGACGCUGGAGUGCAUAAGACCGCGAUUCAGAUCUACCACAGGUGGUGCUGGAAUGACGAGAGGAUUUCCGUACCCGUCGCUGUCGCUGGGGAUGUGCUGCGUGUUCUGGCAGUCUACUCCCAGUAUGAGUCUGCUGUCGCGCACGUUCACGGCUUGUUGAGCAUGGAAGAGGUGAAUGAUUUAGAUGCAGCAGCCCUCUUCAACAAGAUUCUUCUGGGAAUCCAGCAAGCUGGUCACCCGCUGACGGCGAACCGCGCAGAGCAAGUUCUUAAAAGCAUGGUGGAGGCAGGAGUUGAACCUGACUGCGAAACAUUGCGAAUACUGGUGGAAUGCAAGACGCUGUAUGCUGGACCGGCAUUUCUGACAGAUGUCGGACAGACGGUGCUUAGUUUGGCACGGCGUUUCGUGGGCAUCCCGCCCGAUGGCCCGGCGCUGCUGGCGGUAAGCGCUGCGCACCUACGUGCCGGGGACUUGGAGGCUGCUUACAGAUGGUUCGUGGCGAGCCAGCUAGAGGUGCGGAAGCAAGACCUGGGUGAGCCCCACGCGCUGGAGCUGGUGUCGCAGCUGGCACGAGGCCUUGCCGUUGGAGGCCAGGCGAUUCGGCUGCUGCGCGUGCUACAGCAAGUGAAAGCCGAUGGCGGGGAGCUCCCGGCUAAUGCCAUGUCAGUGUCCUUGGCUGGCUACACUGCAGGGCGAAGCCUCGCCACCUGCUGGCUCGAGCCGCCAGCAGACGUCGUGCGAAGACGUGGCAUCUGGGCUUCCGAAGAGAAAGUGAAGGUGACUUGCGCAGAGCAGUGGAACUGGAAACAGCUUGAAGCAUCGCGGCAUGAGGUGUACCAGUGGUAUCCAUACUUGUCCCCGGAUACCAAGCUCGAACGGGCAUGGCUCACGCCCCUGCGAGCUCUCGACGUGGGGGCGUUGGGCCUCGUACGUGACUGGAGUGGAGAGACGCCAGCUCAGGCCACGGCCAGGGAACGACUUGGUGAGCGCACCGAAGAGCCCAUGCUGGACAUGAAGUCGGCACUCUGCGUGGAGCCACCGGGAGCAGCGAAUUCCGGCUCCUUCUUCUCGGUCGCUGAGCGGACCAAGAGCAGGCCCGUGGCCUUGGUGCCAAAGCCAAGGACCUGGCGAAGCGUCCAUGCAGACACCGUGAAGCGGGCUUAUGGCAACAGCCAACGUCACCGAGCCCACAGCCCCCAACACCUCCGGAAAAUCCUCUUGGCAGAGAGGUCCUCUCAACUUCUACUGGGGGCCAAGCCGGUCUCAGCGGCAAUGCAGAUGCCCUACGCGCAGCUUGAGGAGAUCGUGAAGUCUCUGAAUGAUGAGGAGAAGCAGGCUCUGCUCGGCUUUGAGGACGCAAGCAACUUCACCAAAGAGGAGCUUCAAGAAGCCCUGCUCAACGCGAAGGUCGAUUCCGACCUCGUUUCUGGCAAGACGAAGGAAGCCGUCAAGUCCAUGGUCAAGUUGGCCGUGGCCAUCGCAAAGGGCGAGCCUUACGAAAAGUCCGUGUCGGAUGAGGCGUACGUGAAAGCCGUGGAGGAGAUGUCCGACGAGGAGUUGCAGGAAGCCUGGCAGCUCCUGUACGCCAAGCGAAGCACGGAAAUCAUGGGCGAGGAGCUAUCCAGUAGAGUGGAGGACCGCUUGCUCUCUGAGCUGGAGGAGGAUGAACAGCGUGACGGGAGCGCAGAGGAUGAGUUGCGCCUGGCACUGGACAUUCUCAACACUUUGCGUGAUGUUGGGGCGGAGCCUUCCGCCAUGGACUGCAAGGCCUUGCUGCAAGCUGCCCAUAGCCUGGGCGAUGCCGAGCUUGCUGGGCAGGUUUUGGAGAAUGUCGCCGGCACCCUCGAGAAGGAGGAGCCGGCGAACGAGCUUGGAUCAGCUGGGCAAAUGCUCCUGCAGGCCAUGGAAGAUGGCGGCUGGCACAAGAAGACCUCCGAGGACUUCUUGAAAGGGAAGCGUGUCGUCACAAGGCGUGAUCCCGAAGCACACCUGGGCCAUCUGCAGACGAGGUAUCUGGAUCCGCUUCAGGGCGCGGCGCCCGCCGAGCCCUUCUCGAAAGAUCGCGAUGAUCUGCUUCAGGCCUUGACAAAGCCCUAUCUGGAUGAGAUCGAACUGUGGAAAAGAGGAAUAGCGAAUAGGCCAGAGCUUGAGGGGGAAGACGAGGAAGAAGUGCGACAGCAGAGCGUUGAGUGGAGCUACGAGAGGAGGGACGAGCUGUCGGGAGAAACCAUACAGGAGGUGCAGCUCGUGACGCGCUCGGACGUCCUAAUGGCCGGCACAUUGCACCCAGCCGAGGCCGAGGACUUGCUGGCAUGGGUUCGUACCGACAGAAAGUGGUCCAGCUCCGUGAAAGUGGUCCUCCACGACCACUUGCAUCGCUUGGGGCUAGAGGUGCCCCCAGACGAGUCGCAUUCGAGGAAGUUGCUUACCUUUGUGGCAAAAGUCCUUGGGGAGGCUGCGGAGACGCGAGAAAUGGUCGGAUGA